GGGGGACCCUGAGGCACCCGGGGGUUACCGGAAGGGAUGGAGGGGCUUUGGAGCGUCUGAGAGGCCCUCCUGAGCCCCCUCCCCACCAUGUUCCUGCUGCCCUGCUCUGCCCUCGCCCUCCUCCUCCUCACCUGCCUGGCUCUGGAGCCGGCCCCGCGCCGCCCCCCGCCCUCCAACCCCGCGUUCCGCGGCUUCCAGCGGCGCUUCCUGCUGGGCUAUCUGCCGGCGCUGGCCGCCGACUGGCUGCAGGGCCCGCUGCUCUUCCAGCUGCUGCACAGCCGCGGCUUCCUGCGCAGCCAGAUCGCCGCCCUCUACUCCUGCGGCUUCGCCUCCAACGUCGCCUUCGGCCUCGUCUCGGGGCUUUUUGUGGAUCGGCUGGGCCGGAAGAAAUCCUGUGUGCUGUCGUCGGGGCUGUGCUCCGUGUCCUGCCUGCUGCAGCUCUCCCACGAUUUCGGGGCCCUGGCGGCCGCCCGGGUCCUGGCGGGGCUCGGCACCUCGCUGCUCUUCUCGGCCUUUGAGUGCUGGUACCUCCACGAGCACCUGGAGCGCCACGACUUCCCUGCCGAGUGGAUUCCUGACACCUUCUCGCGCGUGGCGCUCUGGAACAGCGGCCUGGCCGUGGCAGCCGGCCUGCUGGCCUGGCUGCUGGCCGAGGUGCUGCCGCUGGGCCCCGCAGCCCCGUUCCUGGCGGCGCUGCCCUUCCUGGCUCUCUCGGGGAUCUUCGCCGCGAAAAACUGGGAUGAGAACUACGGCAAGAGCCGGCCCUGCGGGAAGGCCUGCGGGGAAGGCCUUCGGGGCCUCGUGUCCGAGCCCCGGGCGCUGCUCCUGGGGCUGGUGCAGGCCCUGGUGGAGAGCAUCCUGCUGAUCUUCGCCUUCCUUUGGACGCCCGUGCUGGAGCCGCACGGGAUCCCGCUGGGAAUCGCCUUCUCGGCGUUCACGGCCGCCAGCGCCGCGGGCUCGGCGCUGUUCCGGCGCGGCGCCACCGGGAGGCUCCGGCUGCAGCCGCUGCGGCUCCUGCCCGGCUCCGUGCUGCUGCUGGCGCUGGCCCUCGUGCUGCUGGCCCUGCCGCUGGACGCCGCCGGCGAUUUCCUCGCCGUGCUGCUGCUGCAGCUCUCCUGCGGGAUCUACUUCCCGGCCAUGGCGUUCCUGCGGCGCCGGCUGGAGCGCGGCGGGGACGCGGCGGGAGGGGCGCGGUGGCUGCGGCUGCCCCUGGGCCUGGCGGUGGCGCUGGCGCUGCCGGCGCUGCCCGGGGACCCCGCGGGGACGCGCGCCGUGCUCGGGGCCGCCGCCCUGGCGGCGCUGGUGGCGCUGGGGACGGCCGGGGGGGUCCUGGGCACCAGCCGUGGGGACGAGGGGCUGAGGGUGGGGGACGAGGGGCUGCUCGAGGGGGACACGGGGGAGUGACAGGCGCACCGGGACAGGGACACUGGGACAGCUCAGCAGCGACACCUGGCUCUGGUGGGGACACUGGGACAGUUUGAGGGGGUCACCAAGGUGUGACAGGAACACUGGGCUGUGACAGAGACAGGGACACUGGGACAGCUCGAUGGGGACACCAGGG